AUGAAUCCCGAAUUCCCGACCCCAAAUUCCCCAAAUUCCCAAAGGAAUUCCCUGAUUUUCCCUCCCCGCCGCUCCUCCCGUCCCGGGGCGGGGCCGGGAACAAAAGGGGAAAAGUUCCGCGGGGCCGGGAACAGAAGGAUCGGGAAAACCGGGAAAAUCCGGGAAAAACCGGGAAAAUCCGACAUUCCCGGGAAAAUCGGGGAUUCCCGGGAAGCUUUUGGGGAUUCCCGGGAAGUUUUCUGGGGAUUCGCGGGAAGUUUUGGGGAUCCCGGGAAGUUUUUUUGGGAUCCCGGGAAGUUUUUUGGGAUCGUGCCGGGAUGCGGCGGAGCUGAGCGAGGCCGCGGAAUUUUUCGGGAUCUUUGCCAGGAAUUCCGGGAUCGGAGCGGGAAUUUUGGGAUCCCAUGGGGGCCCCCCCCCCCCGGCUGGCGCCGCCUGGCCCCGCUCGGGGCCGCCCUGGGCGUCUGCGUGGCCGUGGGGUUCACCCUGGGGCUCCUGGGGGGGCCCCCGCGCCGCAGCUCCUCUAUCGCGACGUGCCGGCCGCGCUCUCACGUGGUGUUCCUCAAGACGCACAAGACGGGCGGCAGCAGCGUCCUGAACCUCCUGUCGCGAUUCGCCGACGAGCGGCGCCUGCGCUUCGCGCUCCCGGUGCGCUACCAGUUCGGAUACCCCGGAAUGUUCCGCGCCGAGCUGGUCAGGGGCUUCCGGCCCGGGGAGACCUUCGACAUCCUCGGCCACCACAUGAGGUUCCGCCUCAAGGAGGUGCAGCGGGUGAUGCCCAACGACAGCUUCUUCUUCUCCAUCGUGCGGGACCCCGGCUCCUUGGGCGCCUCGGCCUUCUCCUAUUUCCGCACGGCCUCCCCCGCCUUCCGCCGCUCCCCUUCCCUCGCCGCCUUCCUCGCCUCCCCCUCCCGCUUCUUCCAGCCCGGAGCCCGCGGCAACCACUACGCCCGGGACCUGCAAUGGUUCGACUUCGGCCUCCCUCGUCCCUCGGAGCCCUCACAGAUCCCGGCCAUGCUGGCGGAGCUCGAGCGGAUCUUCCCCCUGGUUCUCCUGGCCGAGCGCUUCGACGAGUCGCUGGUGCUGCUGAGGGAGCGCCUGUGCUGGCCGCCCGAUUCCGUGGAUACUUUCCCUCACAAUUCCCGAGUUUCUUCCCGAGAAAUCCCGGCCUGGCAGGUUCGGCGCUUGCGGGCCUGGAAUUCCCUGGAUUGGGCGCUUUAUUCCCAUUUUAACCGCAGCUUCUGGCGCCACGCCGAGCGCUUCGGGCUGGCGCGGCUGCGGCGGGAGGCGGCGGCGCUGAGGCGGCGGCGGGAGGAGCUGGCCCGGCGCUGCCUGAGGGGAGGCGGCCCCGUUCCCGCCCGCGCCAUUCCCGACGGGAACCUGCGGCCCUUCCAACCGCCGGGAGGCGGCCAAAUCCUGGGCUUCGCCCUCAGGGAAGGGCUGGGGGAAGAGGAGCGGCAGCUCUGCGGCCGAAUGGCGAUGCCGGAGCUGCCUUACAAGGAUCUGCUGGAGCGGCGCCAGUUCGGGAACGGCUCGCAGGUGCUUCUGGCGCUUGACGAGUCCCCGGUGCCGCUGAGGGAGCGCCUGUGCUGGCCGCCCGAUUCCGUGGAUACUUUCCCUCACAAUUCCCGAGUUUCUUCCCGAGAAAUCCCGGCCUGGCAGGUUCGGCGCUUGCGGGCCUGGAAUUCCCUGGAUUGGGCGCUUUAUUCCCAUUUUAACCGCAGCUUCUGGCGCCACGCCGAGCGCUUCGGGCUGGCGCGGCUGCGGCGGGAGGCGGCGGCGCUGAGGCGGCGGCGGGAGGAGCUGGCCCGGCGCUGCCUGAGGGGAGGCGGCCCCGUUCCCGCCCGCGCCAUUCCCGACGGGAACCUGCGGCCCUUCCAACCGCCGGGAGGCGGCCAAAUCCUGGGCUUCGCCCUCAGGGAAGGGCUGGGGGAAGAGGAGCGGCAGCUCUGCGGCCGAAUGGCCAUGCCGGAGCUGCCCUACAAGGAUCUGCUGGAGCGGCGCCAGUUCGGGAACGGCUCGCAGGUGUGAAAUUCCCAAAAUUCCCGAAAUUUCCGCGGUUCCUCCCGGGAGAUCCCGGCCUGGCAGGUUCGGCGCUUGCGGGCCUGGAAUUCCCUGGAUUGGGCGCUUUAUUCCCAUUUUAACCGCAGCUUCUGGCGCCACGCCGAGCGCUUCGGGCUGGCGCGGCUGCGGCGGGAGGCGGCGG